UGUGUGCCGGCCGCUGAUUCUGUAGAUGAAGAUGGCUGUACCUGGACCUCCUCUGCUUCUCCUUCUGUCUGUGCUGCUGCCGCUGCUGCUGAGCGAGGCGUCUCUGCCUGCAGAUGCGUACACACUCACCCCCGGGCGACAGCCACAGCCCAAGAUCCUCCACCUAGACUGGCCUAGGGAUUGUGGCACGGCUCACUUCAAGCCCAACAUGGCCGAGAGGAUUGUGUCUGGAAACGAGGCAAGACCUCACUCCUGGCCCUGGCAGGUCUCACUUCAGGUUCGUCCAAGGGGAAGUAAACAUUACAUUCAUGUCUGUGGAGGAACUCUCAUCCACAAGAACUGGAUCCUUACUGCUGCUCACUGCUUCCAAAAGGGUAAAGCUGAGGAUGCCGGGAGCUGGAGAAUCGUCCUGGGGAAGCACCAGCUGAAGCGCUCGGAGCAUGCGGAGAGGAUUUUCCCCGUCAAGAGGAUCUACCGGCACGAGAACUUCCGUUACCCCGCUCACAGCGAGCUGGACUACGACAUCGCCCUGGUGAAGGCCGGCACAGACAUCGUCCCUUCGAACUUCAUCCGCUACGCCUGCCUGCCGCGCAAGCAGAUCAACCUCAAACCGGGACACUACUGCUGGGUGACAGGCUGGGGAGACACCCGGGGUGGGAAGGAGAACGUGUCUCUGGCUGAAGCCCUGAAUCAGGCUCGCCUGCCCAUCAUCGACUUCAAGACCUGCAGGCAGAAGAAGUUCUGGGGCGAUCGUGUCAGAGACUCCAUGAUCUGUGCCGGGUUCAGGGACACCGAGGGCCCUCCUGCAGCAUGCCAGGGUGACUCUGGCGGUCCUCUGCUGUGCCAGCUGGGGCGGGACCGCUGGGAGGUGCACGGCGUGGUGAGCUUCGGCCCCAUCGGCUGCACCGUGGAGAACAAACCCAGCGUCUUCACCCGCACCGCCGCCUACAUCCCCUGGAUCGAGGCGACACGCAUCAGGGACUUCUUCCUGCACUAAGUGGACUUUACCUGACCCGACAGCAAACAUAAGCUCUGCUCUGUUUCAUGUCGUGUUUCCUUCACAUUGCAUUCAUGUUCACCGCAGACAUGUUCAACAUUUUAUCAGUUCUUAAUGUGCAAUAAUUAUUUUCUAAGUCUAAACUAUGAACGGCUGUGGUUUUCAAACAGCAGAACGUUUUGACUGCAAGGUUUCACACACCUCAUGACCUUUUCGAAUCCAGUCGACACUUGUGCAAUAAAAUUGGUCCAAAGCAAAA